CGGCACAACCACGUCUUCUCUUCAUGUUUAUUUGUUGGACUAUACGCCGUAAGCCGUGCUGAUCAUCACAGUUAACUUAACGUCUGUGUUUUGAGUACGAGUGGUGUGUGUGAGAGCGAGUGAUUCCGUGAAUGAAAAGAGGCUUUUGGAGUCAGAAGUUGACAGUUGGUGAAUGCGUGUCCACAGCAAAGGUGAUGUCUGUUGAACUGCCCGCAACAAGAAAAGCACUUUGAGAUUUCGACUAGACAAUGCUCUUUCGUCGAAGAAGGAUACAUUUACUGCAUUCUCUAGUGGUUCGGGGAGAUAUUUAAAGCUGACACCGCAGAAAACAUUUUUUCCCGCGGAGCCGGACACCUGAAACCUUCUCGCAGAGUCCAGUGAACUACGAGUCAACAGGCAUAAGCUCCCUAGGCUCAUUCGAAUUGGAUUGUGUAGGCUACAUACAGCUGUUGGACUGCAAGAUACAUCGGAAGUCUUGUUGUUGAGUUUUUAAAUGUACGGGCUGCACGAUCAUCUUGGGAGGGACAUCAGCGGAUUGAAGGAGCGAGGACUUGGGGAAGAUAUGGACCCUGUGCGCUCGUGGGUUAGAACUGUCGGUGUGGUGGACGCAAAUGUUGCUGCACAAAGUGGAGUUGCCCUGUCUCGAGCACACUUUGAGAAGCAGCCUCCCUCCAACCUGAGGAAGUCCAACUUCUUCCAUUUCGUUUUGGCACUGUACGAUCGCCACGGGCAACCUGUGGAGGUGGAGAGGACGUCGUUCGUUGACUUUGUGGAGCACGAUAAGACAGGAGAGAAGACCAAUAAUGGCAUUCACUACAAACUACAGCUUCUCUACAGCAACGGUGUCCGCACAGAACAAGACCUGUAUGCCCGUCUCAUUGACUCCGUGACCAAACAGCCUAUCUCCUAUGAAGGACAGAACAAGAACCCAGAGAUGUGCAGGGUCCUGCUUACACACGAGGUCAUGUGCAGUCGGUGUUGUGAAAAGAAGAGUUGUGGAAAUCGCAAUGAAACUCCCUCUGAUCCCGUGAUCAUCGACAGGUUUUUCUUGAAGUUUUUCUUAAAAUGCAACCAGAACUGUCUGAAGACGGCGGGAAACCCCAGGGACAUGAGAAGAUUUCAGGUGGUGCUGUCCAACACGGUGAAUGUGGACGGACCGGUGCUGGCCAUAUCAGACAACAUGUUCGUGCACAACAACUCCAAACAUGGCCGCCGCGCACGGAGAAUAGAGCCCAGCGAUGGCAUGGAGAGCAGCAUGGAGUAUGCCACGCCCUGUAUAAAGGCCAUCAGUCCUAGCGAGGGCUGGACCACAGGGGGCGCUAUGGUCAUCGUGAUAGGAGAGAACUUCUUCGACGGCCUGCAGGUGGUGUUCGGCAGCAUGCUGGUGUGGAGCGAGCUCAUCACCCCUCAUGCCAUCCGGGUACAGACGCCCCCUCGCCACAUCCCCGGGGUCGUGGAGGUCACGCUCUCGUACAAGUCAAAGCAGUUCUGCAAGGGAGCACCAGGGCGCUUUAUCUACACAGCACUGAACGAGCCCACCAUAGACUAUGGCUUCCAGCGGCUUCAGAAGGUUAUCCCUCGACACCCAGGGGACCCAGACAAGCUAGCAAAGGAAAUGUUGCUGAAGAGAGCAGCAGACCUUGUGGAGGCUCUGUAUGGGAAUCCUCACAGCAAUCAGGACAUGCUGCUGAAGCGUGCAGCGGACAUCGCGGAGGCCCUGUACAGCGUGCCGCGCCCCCACAGCCAGCUGCAGGCGCUGCCCUCCUCCCCUGCCCACGGCAGCGUCAUGGGCAUCAGCUCAUACCCACCCCCCCAGCUGGGCAUCAGCGUGCCCGACCCACAGAGCGCCAGCCAAGGCUACAUGCGUAACCCCAGCAGCCUGUCUCCGCGAGGGUACCCCUCCGCCUCCACGCCCCAGCAGUCCGGCUACGGCAGUGCGGGCGGGAUGGGCGGCGGCUACAGCGCCGUGCCCAUGAGCAGUCUGGGCGUGCCAGGCUCGCCGGGCUUCAGUAACGCCUCACCGUCCGCUUCGCCAUACGGGGUGAUGCCGUCCAGUCCCGGUGUGCCCGGCUCCGGCUCCUCCUCCUCCCUGCUGCCGUUCUCCUCUUUCCCCACCUCCUCCUCCUCCUCGGCCAAACAGAAGAGCGCGUUCGCCCCCGUGCUCCGCCCCCAGGGGUCACCCUCCCCCGUCUGCCCCAGCUCUACCGGCAACAGCUUCAGAGCCAUGACCGGCCUGGUGGUCCCGCCCAUGUAAAAGAGAAAGCACCAAUCGACUUUGUCCCAGCAACAGCCCUGACCAAUCACAAACUUCUCCAGCCAGCCUACCGGUACUAGGCUCAGGGCUGCAGACAGGCAGGCGCACCAGUUUUUUUUUGUACCAUCACUGCCUGUCAAACUGUACUCCCAGCGGCCUUCCCAAAUCUCCAGACAUUCCUCAGAGGCAAGAGAGAUAGAGAGAGAGAGAGAGAGAGAGAGAGAGAGAGAGAGAGAGAGAGAGAGAGAGAAACAAGCCAGGCAGAACACAGGGAGGAGAACCAGCAAAAAAAAGAAGAAAGAAAAAAAAGGCAGGGUCUCUUUGACUGAAUCACAUGGCCAAUGAUGAAACUACCAUGGAGGGAGAGGAGGUGUUGGCAUGAGAGGAGAGCAAGUGGGGAGAACUCACUCACUCAACCACUCACUCAACCACAAGUCUGCUGCCAUCUCGCAAAGAAGUUGCCAUGUCUCUUCCUCCUUGCCCAACAGCACACAAACACAAAAACACUAAGAAACAC